ACUUCCGCCCUGCCUCAGUCCGCCGGGCGUUGUGCAAACAUCACACCCCCCUAAAGCAUCUGUGCAGCUUUUCUGAACAUGCUACUCCAGGAAAUGCGCCAUCUGAUUAGAAACACGCCAUAAAUCGUCUUGUCAUUCAUGUACCUACAGUGAUAAGUGAAUAGUUAGCUUCUAAAGGCUCGGGUUUGCACGCUUACUGGUAGUUAGCUAGCAUGUUGGUAUCAUAACAUUGUGUCAGUUUAAUUUAGUCAUGACGGAAUUAAGAUGCAGGAAGGCUGAGACUUUGGAUGGAGCACAAGAAGAGGAAGUCCAAGGAGAACGGGAUAACGACACAAACAGUAAAGAUGCGAGUGAGCCUAGUUGCACAGAGGAAAAUGAAGGGACAAAUGAAGAGCAAUCCAAAGAUGUAGGGGACACUCCAAACCAAGAAGUCCCUGAGCAGCCUGAGAAGAAAUGCAGAAGAAGAAGUACUUUUUUUCAGCGGUUGGUGAGGGGGGUUUUCGGAUGUGUGGCAGCUGUGGCCUGUGGGAUGCUCUAUGCGGCUUAUCUGUCUGCCUAUCAUGACAGGAAGUUCUGGUUUUCAGCACGACAGGAGCUGGAAAGGGAGAUCACCUUCCAGGGUGGCAGUGGGAUGUAUUACUAUUAUAAACAUAUGUUAGCUGCUCCCUCAUUUCGAAGAGGGUUUUAUGAGCUGACUGUAGAUAACAGAACUGUGUCAGGUCAGACCAUUAACGCAGUGGAGCGUCUGUCUCUGUAUCCUGAGCUCCUCACAAGCUUCACCUACAAACUCUUUGGCGGUGAGGAUAUGGUGGAGCCAAUUUAUUUCUACAUUGGAAUGGUGUUUGGACUUCAGGCGGUCUAUGUAACAGCUCUGUUUGUGAGUAGCUGGGUUCUGAGUAGGACCUGGGUGGCCGGUAUGCUCGCUGUGGCCUGGUAUGUCAUUAACAGACCAGACACAACCAGAGUGGAUGACGCUGUUCCUCUCCGAGAAAACUGGGCUCUUCCGUAUUUUUCGUGUCAAGUUGCAGCUCUGACUGGUUAUCUGUGUAACAACAUCAGCGCUGCUACUGAGAUGCUUUGUUUUCUCAUGAUAAGUGCCGUGACCUUCAUCUUCCUGUUGGUUUGGGAGCACAGUCACUACGUCCUCUUUGUCCAGGCCUUGUGUCUGUUUCUGCUCGACUCAUUUGACCUGGUCCCUCUAAGAAAGGUGGCUGACAUGCAUAAACUGUACCUCUCCUGUUUACUCGGAGCGUACUGGUGCCAAUUUCAAAACCCCGCUCUGCUCGGCUCCCCUCUGCUCAGUCUGCUGUUCGGCUCCAUGCUGGCCAGAUACUUUCAGCAAAAUAUGAAGAGAGGUCCCGUCAUGGCCAGAAUAAUAAAACUCUUUCUUCACUUUUAUCUAGUUUUCACAACAAGUAUCACCUUCAAUUAUUUGAUAAAGAAAGUAUUACCUGUGACAGAGAGCGACUUCAUAUUGAAGUUUCUCGAGGCAAAGUUUGGACUCAAUACAACUACUGAUUUUGUGACCAACUUCCUCCUGUGUCAAGACGGUUUCCAGAGACCAAGCCAGGACCUGUUCCUCAGACUCACCCAGGCCUCAGUUUUACCAUUUUACUUCCUGGUUCUUGCGGUCUGUUUUUUCUCCACCCUGGAGUCGGUCUAUAAGAGAUUACGGGGGCAGCCAAUGAAAGAUAAACUCAAACUUGAAGAUGGGCAGAUAGGAGAGCACCCUGAGGUCACCUACCAUGUUUUUCAUACUCUUCUGUUUGGAGGCCUAGCACUGCUAUUUGAUGGCACCAAGUAUUUGUGGACUCCAUAUGUGUGCAUGUUCACUGCUUUCGGGGUCUGUUCUCCCAAGAUGUGGAUGUCUCUGUUUAAAUGGCUGAACCUGAAAUCUCUUGACCCUGUAGUUUUGUCUUUAACUCUGAGCACUGCUGUUCCCACAAUCAUCCUUUUUAGUUUGUGGAGAGAGUAUUGUCCUCGUGUGAUGUCGGAGCUGGCAGAUCUUCAGGAGUUUUAUGAUCCAGACACAGUGGAACUGAUAAACUGGAUCAAGACACAAGCUCCUAUAGCAGCAGUAUUCGCGGGCAGCCCUCAGCUCCUGGGGACGGUCAAGCUCUGCUCAGGCUCCAUUGUGACCAGUUUACCACUUUACUCCGACAUUGGCCUGCUCCGGAGGACUGAAGAUCCUUUCCAGGUCUAUGCAAUGAGGUCGCCUGAAGAAAUCUACAAGCUUCUCACCAGUCAAAAGACAAACUAUGUGAUCAUAGAGGAGGCCAUCUGCAAUGAGCUCAGUCUGAACCGAGGCUGUAGAAUCAAAGACCUCCUGGACAUCUCCAACGGACAUGUGGUGUAUGACAAAGGGGAGAUGUACUCAUUUGCCAAACAUGGAAGAUUUUGCAAUGAGAUAAAAAUGAACUACUCCCCGUACAUAAACUAUUUCACUCGAGUUUUUUGGAACCGUUCGUACCACGUUUAUAAAGUCAACUCCGUCAUCUCGUUUCAGUACUGACCCUGGCCUCGUGCCUCUAAAUGAAGGCACAAACAAUCACACUUUUAUAAAAACAGCAGACACUCAAGAUAAAGAUGUCCACGUCUUAUACACUGCAUCUUAAAGUUGCAUUAUGUGACUUUCCUGGUGGAGGUUCUGUCAAAUGCUUUUUUUCAUGGAGAUGUUAUUGCUUUUUCUGGAAUGUUUCACAGUUUGGCAUUAAACCCUUCUAUCUUCAUGGAGACCAAACCAGACCAAGUUACUGGUCAGAUCUGUGGAGAGGUGACCCCACUCAGUCAGAAUGCCUAGGUAUUUUUGGGUUAUAUAACCACCAGCAAUUGAAUAAAUGUAAGGAAGAGCUGUUUAAUGGCAUACUUUGGAACAUUCCAGGCAAAGCAAUGACAUCUCCAUAGAAAGAAGCAGGUGACGGACCCACAACCAAAAUGUUACACAGUGCACCUUUAAUUAAAACGGAUAUGAACUAUGCCAUAAAAAGUCAUUGUACUGUUGUCAUAAGCCAUGCAUUACUUUUCAUUGAGCUAUUAUGUGAAUCUUAACUUUAUGCAAAACAUAUUUUAGUUUGUUUUUAUUACACUCUUUUAAAUAGUAUGAACUGAUGUAUGAUUGCCUUAAAAUGUGACUAUAUACGGUAUAUAUACCUGGGCAGGAAACCAGCACCAGGAUAACUGAUUAUAAAAGGGAAUUUUUAAAACUAUUUAACAAGAAAAAAAAACUUAAGAAUAAUAGUAAGCAAUUAACUUGAUAAUCGCUGCAAUUGCUUUUUACCCAAACAAUGCCUUUUAAACUUGCCUUAAGCAAUAGACAACUUUAUAAGCAGAUAUUGGGUUAGUAGAUUUUACUAUUAGUAGGCUAUACAUGGUAAAGGGCCUUGCAGAGUUCUUACAAUCUUGCAAAUAUACCUCUUAAAAUUAACCAGAAUUAAUCUUAAAAAUUGAUCAGUAAGCAUUGUUGAUUUCUCUAUUCAGAGUCAAAGCAAGGUAUUUCAUGUAAUUUGUAUGAACACUGUUGCUGUUAUGUUAUUUUGUACAACAACAUUAUGUUCAGCUGGAGAUGUUUUUGUGAAAGAACCAAAAUCACACUUUUUCCGAGUACUUUAUGCUGGUUUUGAAGCUACUCUUGUUCUGUUUACUUUGUCUUUUGUCACUGCCUUAUGUUGUGUGUUUAUCUAUCUCUUGCUGUUACCUUAAGUAUUUUGGUGCUACUGGUCCAACCGUCCUUUGCAAAUGGCCAUGUAGUGAAAAGUGACUUACUGACUGGAUAUAUGCAAGUCAAAAAAUAAAAUAAUAUCACGA